UCACGACACUAAUAGAGAGUUUACUUACUUUUGUCGCGUAGAUCGAAUCGCUUCGAAUUAAUCUAAUCAGUGUUGUGCGAGAUUUCAAAAUAAAUAAUAAAGUGUUUCAUUUGAAAUAUUGUGACUAAAGGUUAAUAAAACCACAGCAAAAAUUAUUUUAUACAAUUUAGAGUGUCUCCAUUAUAUUAGUUAUAUGAUUAUUUGAUAUUAAUAUUCUGAUAAAAAAUAUGGGCAUGUUGCUUAGGACUAGAAAAGUUGCCCUAGGGCUUAAAGUGAUUUGUAUUGUAUCAGUGACUGCUACUUACGCCAUUCUGGGAGCUUUAUCCCGGAAACAUAGGAGGACGGAAGAAGGUCCAGGAUAUGAAAAUAUUCCGACUGGCCGCCACUUGCUCGGCCUCAUCUCCCCCUUCAACUGCACCCCCGCCGCCAUCAACGAGUUUCCCCCCGACGGCUUCAGCCGCCUCCAGCGGCAAAACGGUUGGAUUGUCCUUCACGUCCUGCUAGCCUGCUACUUAUUCGUCCUUCUUGCUGUCGUCUGUGACGAUUAUUUCGUCCCUGCCAUUAAAAAAUUCUGUGAUAGCUUAAACAUGCGGGAAGACGUCGCCGGAGCCACUUUCAUGGCCAUGGCCAGCUCUAGUCCGGAGUUAUUUAUCAACUGCGUCGGCACUUUCGUCACUCAGGGCGACAUCGGCGUUGGUGCCAUCGUGGGCUCAGCAGUAUUCAAUGUUCUGGCCGUUCCUGCAUGUUGUGGCCUUUUUGCCAACAUGGUGAUUUAUUUGGAUUGGUGGCCGAUCAGUCGCGAUAGUAUGAUGUACGGGAUUUCGGUUAUUCUGCUGAUUAGUUUUCUCCAAGAUGGGAAGAUUUAUUUGUAUGAAGCGUUUGCACUGAUUCUAGUUUACGUUAUUUAUAUUUUGAUAAUGUUUUUCAAUAGUCCUUUAAUGAGACUGGCAAAUUCAUUAGUGAGUAAAUGUCGCCGCAAAGGCCACUACGUGGAAAUAAUCGCCGAAACGACUCCCUUGCUGACCAGAGGGGAGGAAAAAAACGGAGUCAACGAGAUUCUAGAAACCGAGUUUACUUUAAAAGACUGCGAAGAUCUGGAGGAAUCGACCAAAAUCUGGGAAUGGCCGAGUGACCACUCGAGGAAGGGUCAAUUCUGGUGGGUCAUGACCUGGCCGAUAUCUUUUCUCUUAUAUUUAACAACCCCCGAUUGCCGAAAAUACCCUCGACUUUUCGUUGUGACGUUCAUUAUGUGUAUUUUUUGGAUCGGCGUGACCUCUUAUGUGAUAUCCUGGUUGAUUACAGUCAUCGGUGAUACACUAGAUAUUCCCGAUUCUGUGAUGGGUCUCACGUUCUUAGCGGCGGGAAUGAGUGUACCUGAAGCCGUAUCUAGCGUAAUAGUUACAAAUCAAGGGUAUGGAUCGAUGGGGCUGAGCAGUUCGAUCGCUUCCAACACUUUUGAUAUUCUGCUAUGUCUCGGAUUGCCUUGGUUUAUUAAAACGGGGUAUUACCCUAAAACGCCGGAGAAACGCUACAUUAAAAUCAACUCAGCUGGGUUAAGUUACAGCGCGAUUUCAUUACUUUCCACCCUUGUGCUGUUUUACCUCAGUGUGGCUUUUAAUAAGUUCAGGCUAAACUGGAAAGUGGGUCUGACAUGUCUUUUGAUGUAUAUUGCGUUUCUCACCUUGGCAUCCCUUAUCGAACUAAACACUUUCUUCCCGGUGAACUUACCCACAUGUGAUCGAUAAGAAAAAAGAUGUUUUAGUAUUAGCCAUCGACUGAUUAUUCGUAGAAACUAUUACAAAAUAUUUUACUUUUCUUUACUACAUUUUUUAAAAUAAAUAUAUGAAAAGUU